AUGGAGGCGGUGGUGUUCGUCUUCUCUCUCCUCGACUGCUGCGCGCUCAUCUUCCUCUCCGUGUACUUCAUAAUUACACUGUCUGAUUUAGAAUGUGAUUACAUUAAUGCUAGAUCAUGUUGCUCGAAAUUAAACAAGUGGAUCAUUCCAGAACUGAUUGGCCACACCAUUGUCACCUUAUUAAUGCUCGUCUCGUUGCACUGGUUCAUCUUCCUUCUCAACCUGCCCGUUGCCACUUGGAAUAUAUAUCGGUUCAUUAUGGUGCCAAGUGGAAACAUGGGGGUGUUUGAUCCCACAGAGAUCCACAAUCGAGGGCAGCUGAAGUCACACAUGAAAGAAGCCAUGAUCAAGCUUGGUUUCCACCUGCUCUGUUUCUUUAUGUAUCUUUACAGUAUGAUCUUAGCGUUGAUUAACGACUGA